UCCCGCCACAAGAUCACAUCUUCCUCCCUUUUUCUUCUGUUAGGGUUUGUAAAGCCCCUUUUCUUCUCCUACCAAACUAACCACACCAGCAAUUAACUCUUCCUCAGUCCUAUUGCAAGGCCAUCAUUUGCCUUUUUUUUUAAAUAAUACUUACUAUUGUUAAACUAAUUUGGGCUGCGGAUGGCCAACGGCGGCGAAGAUUUCUCUCAAUUUGAUAUAUCGAAAGAGGAAAUAGAGAAGCUCGUUGCGGAAGUGGUGCGCUAUGUCAUUUUCAAAACUCAUCAGAACUUGGGAUGUCCGAUUAAGAGAGAGGAGCUUGUUCACUUGGUUACAAAAAACUAUUCUCAGCGUAAUCUUCCUGCUUUUGUGAUUAAUGUGGCCAAAGAGAAGCUCUCAAGCGUUUUUGGCUAUGAAUUGAGAGAGCUUCAAAGGUCACGUCCUGCCUCGGCAAAUCUCGGCCGUUCUUCUCAAAACAGUGUUGCCGACCCUAAAUCGUAUAUUCUUGUAAGUCAGCUACCGCCAGAAGUGUACAAGAAAUAUGUUGAAGAUGUAAAUACAGCGCAUUUAACUGGUUUUACCUUUGUUAUAGUUAGUAUUGUCCAUCUAGCUGGCGGCAAAAUCCCAGAAGAAAAUCUUUGGCAUCAUUUAAAGCGCAUGGGAUUGUUCGAAAAUGAUGUAAACCAUCCGGUGUUUGGAAAUAUCAAGCAGGCAUUGGAGACACUGGUCCAGCAAAGAUAUUUGCAGAAGGACAAAGUGAAUGGCCCUGAAGGUAAUACCGUAUUUUAUGAGCUUGCUGAGAGAGCUCUAGAUGGACCUGUUAGAGAGAAAAUAAAAGAAUACAUAUCACAGGUAUGUUUUGAAAGUUCAAUGGUUGUUAAAUGAUAUUUGGUUUGAUUUCUGGAGAAGUUCAGAUUAAGACGUUCACUAUAAUUUUGCAGACUUGGGAUUUUGAAGUUUUUGGACUCUUGAGAAGGCUGGUAUAUAGUGUAUAGGAGUUCGUGGUUGAUAACCUUUCUAAGCCAAUGAGGGGAGGCGGCAGCUGAAUUACCUGUCCUAUUUCGAAGCUUGAAUAUAUGUAGAUUGCUGCAGUGGACUUUGUAUUUUAUUAAUUGUAUUUAGAUAGUUAAGAAAUGGAUGUUUUAAAGGACAACCUGAUAUUCUGUACUAAUGUGAUGCCUUGAAGGUGAAUAGAGUAGACCAGAUAAGCUAUUGUUCAAGAAAAAAUUAGGCUGACCAGACAUGGGAAAUUAUCAGAGAAAAACCAAACUUUUAUUUUUCCAA